CAGAUCAGUCAGCCGUUUGCAUCAACUUGACAAGCAAAAAACGACCCGCAACUUUACUUGUCAUGGAAAGUCUUCAAACUUGGUUUGAUGGAAUUCCAGCCCCACCACCACAAAAUAUUCAGCCAAGAAUUAUUGAUUAAUUGAAUAGAGGAAGACUUAUACUGGAGUCUUCUCCUCAUCAAGAAAUUAGAACCGCAGUACCUCAUCAGAAUUGUUGCCAGUAUUAUCAGUCUCACAUCCAUGGCUUUCCUCCUCCUUAUCUUCCUAUCCUUGUUCCCCUCUCCGGCGACAGCAGACCCUCUCUAUUACAUCUGCGGCAGCACAAGAAACUUCACCACUAGCAGCAUCUACAGCUCCAACCUCAACGUCCUCCUUUCCACCCUUUCCUCCAACGCCUCUGCCACAGGCUUCGCCACUUUCACAAAAGGCAGCAUUCCCGAUCGCGUCGCCGGCCUUAUCCUCUGCCGUGGUGACACCGACAUCACCAACUGUCGCUCCUGCAUCUACACCGCCAUAUCAGACAUCCAGCAGCUCUGCCCAAACCAGAAGGACGCCACCAUAUGGUAUGAUUUCUGCCUACUCCGCUACUCCAACCAAAACUUCCUCUACGCUCCCGACGUCACCUCAAACAUCAAGGUUUUCAUGUAUAACUCUCAAAAUGUCUCGGCCGAUCAACUUCCACUGUUUGAAACUAUAACCCCUGCGCUAAUGGGCAACACGUCCGAUCUCGCCGUGAGAAAUACGUCGCUGCUGUUCGCCACCGGACAGACGUUACUCUCGACGGGGGACAAUAUAUAUGGACUUGUGCAGUGCGUGCGUGAUCUGACAGCAAACGAUUGCCGGACAUGCCUGCAGGAUUCGGUGAAUCAGAUCACCAGGGAUCCUCUGAAAUGGAAGAGGGGAGGAAGGACGUUGGGGAUGUGGUGCAAUAUGAGGUAUGAGAUUUACAAGUUUUACAACGGUUCGUCCAUGCUGCAGCUUCCUUCUGCUCAGCCGCCGUCGCCCCUGGCGCCCACAAAUGGGCCUUCCCCGGCAAAUACUCCCCUGCCUGGGGCAGAUUCAUCACAUGGAGGAAGCAGUAAAGCGCGCAUUGUUCUGGCAAUCACAGUUCCUGUAGUAGUUGCACUCGUUCUGGUUUCCACUAUUAGCAUCUGGUUCUGUCGAAGAAAACCAAAGACAAAGGAACCUGGUGAUGCUAUCCCAGAAGAGAUUGCCAACUUUGAAUCUAUACUAUUUGAUUUACCCACACUUAAAGUAGCAACUAAAAAUUUCUCAGAACUUAACAAGCUUGGUGAAGGGGGCUUUGGAUCAGUUUACAAGGGAGUAUUACAGGAUGGUCGAGAAAUAGCAGUCAAGAGGCUCUCAACAGGAUCAAGGCAAGGGCUUCAAGAGCUAAAAAAUGAACUGGUUCUAAUAGCUCAACUCCAACACAGAAAUCUUGUAAGACUAUAUGGUGUCUGCCUGGAAGAACAAGAGAAGUUGCUCAUAUAUGAAUAUGUGACCAACAAAAGCUUAGAUACCAUUCUCUUUGAUCCAGAAAAAAGUAAGCUACUAGACUGGAUGAAAAGAUACAAGAUCAUAGGAGGGAUUGCUCGUGGCUUGCUUUAUUUACAUGAAGACUCCCAACUAAAGAUCAUUCACAGAGAUCUCAAAGCUAGCAAUAUAUUGUUAGAUGCAGACAUGAAUGCAAAAAUCUCAGACUUUGGCAUGGCUAGGCUAUUUGGAGGAGACGAGACUCAGGGGAUGACAAGUCACGUUGUUGGAACAUAUGGAUAUAUGGCUCCAGAAUAUGGAAUGCACGGACAUUUCUCAGUCAAGUCAGAUGUUUUUAGUUUUGGAGUGCUAGUUUUAGAGAUUUUAACAGGAAGGAGUAAUCCCAGUUUUCUUAAUGAUGACCGCUCUGAAGAUCUCUUAAGUUAUGUUUGGGAGAAUUGGAACAAUGGAACAAUCCUAGAAAUUGUGGACCCAACCUUAGCGAAAUCUAUUCCGAGAAGUGAAGUGAUACGAUGCUUUGAAAUUGGACUUCAUUGUGUACAACAAGACUUUUCUCAAAGACCUACAAUGACAACAGUGGUUGUCAUGCUCAACAGCUAUUCUAUGUCCAUUGAAGCUCCUUCAGCGCCUUCAUUUUUUUCAGGGAGAAAAGGCAUAAACUCGGAUGCAUUUUCUAGGAAAUCUGACAUAUAUGAGAAUAGCACUUACAAAUCUUCAAGCAAGACGAUGCCAAUGUCACCUAAUGUAGUUUCAAUUACAGAGCUAAAUCCUAGAUAGCUAGUUAAUAAAAAGAACAAAAGUCAAUGUUAUGGUUGUCUAUUUUCUAGAGUGGUAAUAAAUUGUAUCAUGUGCUUAUUUCUUGCAUUUCUAUGUCAGAGGUGUAAUUUUAUCUUGGUAAGAAAUACUAAGUUUAAAUAUCAUUUUCUAGUAAACAAUAAUUU